AUGGCUAACACACAUAAUGUGACAGAAUUCAUUUUCCUGGGACUUUCUCCCAAUCAGGAGAUGCAGAAAAUCUGCUUUGUGAUAUUUCUGCUCUUGUACACAGCAAUCGUGCUGGGGAAUUUCCUCAUUGUCCUCACUGUUAUGACCAGCAGAAGCCUUGGUUCCCCCAUGUACUUCUUCCUCAGCUACCUGUGCUUUGUGGAGAUCUGCUAUGCCUCUACUACAACCCCCAAACUCAUCUCAGAUCUGGUGACUGAAAGGAAAGCCAUAUCUCUGUGGGGCUGCAUGACACAGGUUUUCUUUAUCCACUUCUUUGGUGGCACUGAGAUUUUCCUGCUCACUGUGAUGGCCUAUGACCGCUACUUGGCUAUCUUCAAGCCCCUCAACUAUACCACCAUCAUGAACCGGCAGGUGUGUACCUUCUUAGUAGGAGUAGCAUGGGUGGGGGCCUUUGUGCAUUCCUUGGCCCAAAUCCUUCUAAUCUUCCACUUGCCCUUCUGUGGCCCCAAUGUGAUCAACCACUAUUUCUGUGACGUGUUUCCCCUGCUUAAACUUGCCUGCUCUGACACCUUCCUCAUUGGUCUGCUAAUUGUUGCCAAUGGGGGGACCCUGUCUGUGAUCAGCUUUGUGGUCCUCUUAGCCUCCUAUGUGGUCAUCUUGCUCCAUCUGAGGACUCAAAGCCCUGAGGGGCGGCGCAAAGCCCUUUCCACCUGUGGGUCCCACAUCACUGUGGUUACCUUGUUCUUUGGGCCCUGCAUCUUCAUCUAUCUGAGGCCUUCUACCACCCUGCCUGUGAACAAGAUGGUGGCUGUGUUCUACACAGUGAUCACCCCACUCCUCAACCCUGUCAUCUAUGCCCUGAGAAAUGCUGAGGUGAAGAAGGCCAUGAAGGGGCUGUGGAGCAGGACAAUGAGCCUAGAUGAGAAACAGAGGCUGAGUCUUGAUAUUGAUCCUUCCGUUUAA